CAACACCUUCCUCCUCUGGUUUCUACUCUUCAGCCAGCACUGGAUGAUUACAGUUUUAUGCUGUUUGUCUCUGAUCAGAUAGGAUUUAGCUUUUUUAAGUCUGCACAUACGAGUUGUUAAUUACAUAUUAAGAUCCAUGUUUCUUCCUUUUGUAUUGAUAAUGUGGUGUAAAACACUUAGCCUGGCCAGUUUUCAGUCAGGAUAGUUCACUGAUGUUGGAGGUGGUACACUGGAGGAGCAGCAGAUGAUCACAGCUUGACUUUUUUUGCAUUUUUCAGUUGAUACCAGCGUUUUAUUGAAGCCUACAAUAUGGACUCCGUCCCUCAGAACCUGCAAGCAGAUCAGAUCUCAGAGCUGCUGAAGCCUCACAGAGUCUGUCUGGUGACGCCUGUUAUUCUGAACCACUCCAGUCAGCCAUGUGGGAGAUCAGCCAACAGGCUUGUGGUAUUGAGUCUAUGGAGAGGUUACCUGGUUAUAAACAAGCAACCUGUCAGGGUGGAGAGCACUUUCAGCUACCUGGAGAUUUGUUCCAUCAACAUUCACAGUCUCACACAGAUUGUGUUGGAGACAGACAGGCAGACUCUGUCUUUCAGUGUAUUGCACAUUGAGGAUCUUGAGGCCAUGGUCAGUCACAUGACUGCCUCACUGAAGAGGAUCUUCCCUGAUUCGUCUCCAGGAAAGCUGCUAAAGAUGAUUCCUCCAGAUCUCCAGCAGAGACUCCUCACGCUGACUGGUGUGAUAGAAGAGCAGCUGAAUAGUCAGCCUGGCCCCUGUGGAGGAUUCUCUGAUACCUAUGCUGCUCUGUGUGAUUUCAAUGAGAUGUCAUUUAGAGAGGAGAUUAAGUGGGAUGUAGACAACAUCUACUAUAUCAACAACUGGAGACAGUUCAACCUGCAGGACUUCAGCCACUUAGACAGCAGGGACUUGGCAUUAACAGUAGCAGCUCUGUCUUUCAACCAGUGGUUUACCAAGAUCUACUGCAAAGAACUCAAACUGUCAGUAGACAUCCAGCAGCAGCUGACUUUCCUGCUGUCCAGAUCUCCCAGUCUGGAGGAGCUCUCACUGGAGGCCAGUGGACUCAAACUGGACUUUGCAAUCAAAAUGGCAGCUGCCUUGCGGGAGCACACCUCCUCUACCCUGCAAUCCAUCAACCUCUCAGGAAAUCCAAUCGAAGACAAAGGUGUAAUAGCUCUAAGUCAGGAGUUGGGGAAUCUAGCUGAAGGACUCAAGCACCUUUCUCUGUCCCGGGUAUCAAUGACUGCUAGAGGUCUUGGCUGUCUGAGUCAGGUGUUAUCCUCCACUCAGCUGUUUUCAGCAUCUCUGACCCACCUCGAUCUGUCUGGUAACCCCGGCAGCCUUGUUACUGAAGAAGCCAUGUUUCUCUUCAAGUUCUUGUCCAGUACUAACUCUUUGUCUCAUCUGGACCUCAGUGAUACCAACUGCCCUCUGGACACGUUAUUUGUGUCGCUGUCUGCUGGAUGUUGUUACAAACUAAUACACCUGAACCUGGCCAGGAAUCCUUUCAGCCACAGAAAGGUGCGGGAGGUGACCAGGAGCAUUCGAGAGUUCUUCAGUCAGAGCUGUGAGCUAAAAUACGUGGGCCUAUCUGCAACCAAACUACCUCCACAAGCUCUCAGGUUAUUACUACAGGGUCUGGCAACCAACAGUCGUCUCUUUGGGCUAGAGUUGGACCUCAGUAGCUGUGAGCUCCGUUCAGCAGGGGCCCAGGUAAUACAGGAGCACAUCUCUGAAGCUACAGCUAUCAGAAGUCUGGAUAUGUCUGACAAUGGUUUUGAGAAUGACAUGGUGACUCUGGUUCUGUCUGUUGGUCGAUGUCACUCUCUUCGACACCUCGCACUGGGGAGAAACUUUGCCAUGAAGUCAAGAGCUCUCACUGAUGUUCUUCAUCGUAUAGCUCAGCUCAUUCAGGAUGAAGAGUGUCCCUUGCAAUCUCUAUCAGUGUGUGACUCCAAGCUGAAGACAGGGAUGCACAUCCUGCUGAGUGCUCUGGGUGGCCACGCUGCUCUUGCUGAAGUGGACAUCAGUGGAAACAACAUCGGUGACACUGGGGCCAAAAUGCUGGCCAAAGCCCUGAUGAGUAACACCAGACUGAGGACUCUAGCAUGGGACAGAAACAAUGUAACUGCCAGAGGAUUCCAGGAUGUGGCUGAUGCCUUGGAGAGGAACUUCACUCUGCAGCAGGUGUCUCUCCCCCUGGCUGAUAUCACACAGAGUUACCGCAGCAACCCUGACAGAACAAAAGAGGCCCUGCACAAGAUUCAGCAGUGUUUGGACAGAAACAACCAGAGACAGUCUGACAGAGUGGAACUACAGCAAGUGUUUAGAGCUCAACAAUCUGAAAAGCUGGUCCAGGGUAUGUGUCAGCAGUUGGAGGACAGCCUUCAACGUUUAAACUACUGCAACAUUCAGGAGGUCCAGGCUGACAUCCUGACAGCACACGAGGUGCUGCACAAUGCCAGGGAGUCCUUCAAGCUGCUUCCCUCUCUGUAUGAGGCAGGCAGGAAGUGUGCCUCUGAUGGAGACUUGGUGAACUGCAUCCUCACUGACAGUGCUACUGCUCUGACCAAUGAGUUCAAUAGAAGCAUACAGGAGUUGGCUCAAGGCCUGAUGAGGUGUGCAGAGGCAGUAUGUCCACGGGUGGUCCAACGGUCUAGUGUAUGCGAGUGUCUGUCAGAGUGUGUCUCCAAAAGAAGCAGACAGAUGCACGCAUUCCUGAGAAGCACUCUGGUAGAGAACACUGGGAAGAUCAUCAACAACAGACUGCGUGAAUUGAGACAAACAUUGAGUGUCUCUCUGGCUGAAAGCAUCAUAGAACAGGUACUACAAGACCUGACAAUGGCACAGGACAAAAUGGAUUGCCGUAUUAAAGAAAAUUCAUGCAUUGCCCUGAGAAUCAACAUCCCAGAGCUCCGACUGGUUGACAGCGACUUCCCAACUGAUGAUUACAGUCCAGCAUUUUGGAGAAAUAGUUUCCACUCCAAGAGCCUGAGGCCUGCCCCUUCAAUUAAGAGUCUCCUGGAUGCAGACUGGGAGCAGCAGACCAGGGACAGAGGAGCAGAGAGAGAGAGGGAAGGAGGUGCUGGAGAGGAAGGAGGAGGAGGAAGGUGUGGCCUCCCUCGGUUGCCAACAGCAACCCCCCUGACACUCACGGCCUCAAGUCCCUCCCAUUCCACUUCCACGUCCCCCUCCCCCCCAGGACGGAGGGAGGGGAGACAGAGGGGGGUGGAGGUGGCGGAAUUGGAUGCUGCAGCAGUAAUACCAGGAGCGAGAGGAGCAUCGUUCAUUCCUCCUCCCAGUCUCCCCCUCCUUUACUCCAUCUCUGCUCGAGCUCCAGAGGAGGAGGCUGCUGGCUGCGGAGGCUUACCCAGACGAGUGGCUCCCUUCCCAGGCUGCGGCCCCAGCCCAGGCCCCCUCCCCGCCUCUGGAUCCCCCGCUUCUCCCAUGGAGCCUCUACCCACCCACGGACAGACUCUAAGGCAUUAUACUGCCUCCCGACCACGGCCACGACGCACAAACACACAGCCCCCCUCCUCCAGGCCUCAGGAUUCAAAGGUAGACAGUGAGGCCAGUAAGGGGAUGGGCAGAGUGGAUGAAGGAGUAGAGGAGUUCUUCACCAAGAAAAUCAUCCCUGACUAUGCACUAAAAGGCCAGUGGGAGGAGUCAAACCCUGCCCAAGCCACUCCCUCAGAGUCAAGCUUCACCCCCUCAGCCUCAACCCCCUUUUCCUCUUCGUCUGACAAUAUCACCUCCUCUACCACCACCACUGUCACCUCUCCCUCUGUCCCAUCUACUCAUACAUCCUUUACAUCCACUGAUGUUCCACCCCUCUCUACAUCCUCUGCUCCUCCCGCCCCCUCUUCUGUCAUCACCACCACCACAACACUUCCCGCCAAAAACAUCAAGAAAAAGUUUGGUGACUUCUUUGCCUUCAAGAGGGCUCGAGCCAGCCGAGCCGCCAAGGCAGGAGGGGGAGAGGGAGGAGGAGAGGGGGUGAAGGUCAAAAGGACCUCCAUUGCAGACCUCAUUCGACCCCUCCGCGAGGCCAAAGAAAGGGAGAGAGAGAGGGACAAGGAGAGAGAGAAAGGGAGAGGGGCAAGGUCAGUGGAGGAUGCUAACGUUUCUAAUGAUGCUGCCACCACAGAAGGAACCGUUGCCACCAGCCACCAUCUUGCAGGCAAUGUGAGGGGAACAAUGGUGCCUGCCAAGACAUUAACCAUGAUGACGCCUCCCAGUGAGACAGCUCCCUCUUACCCCACCAUCGCCACAAGCCCUGACCUCACUACUGCAACAAUUUCCCACCUGGAAGAAGAGACAGUUCCUGUCUUGCCAGGUCGCACCCCCAGUCCUGUGGUCACUUCCCCUCUAACUGAGCAGGAGAGGAGUGGUGUGUUGAUGAAGGAGAUAAAGUUGGGAGGGACUCCAUAUGGAGAGAGGAGACUGAAGGUGAACAAGAGGUCAUUGAGGGAGGGCAAGAGCCAGAGUCUCAUACUGCUGACGGGAUUAGAGCCUGAAGACAAGGAUGACACACACAGUAAGAAACAUGCGUCUGAGAGCACAUCUAGUUUUGAACAGAGGCUUCAGCUGAUGCUGCACAGAAUGGGCGUGGCCAAAACUCCACCUGCAGCCAAGAAUAAAGACGAGGAGUUGAGAAAGGCCAACUCUGAAGGUGCUAUCCUGGACAAACCCGAACCACCUCCCACAUACAUGAAGCCCAGAACCAUGUCCACAUCAUCAGCAGACCCCAGGCAUCCUAUGAGACCACUGGACGCCAUCCAACUGGACUCUACCCUUCACCCGAAGCCCGCAUUCCCCGAGCGCCUCAUUGGCCCCCUGCCACCCAAACCUGCCAUCGCAGCCAAGCCCCCCCUACACACGACGGCCGCUCCUGCAGGAGGAGGAGCUCGUCCCUCCUCUGCUCCUCCUCUCAGCAGCUCAGCAGAGAGAGUCCAGCUCAGAGCACACACUCAUGAUGGCAGGCCAGGGGAGACUACAGCACAGAAUGGACGCCAGGAGGGUCCCAGGGGUGCAGCCAAAGCUCUGUCCCCCAGGAAAGAGCUGCUUCCUCCAGCCCCGUCUCCAUGGAGGGGUCCCAGCAUACAGGAUCGCUCUGAGAAAGCACAAUCAGUGACCGAUGAGAGUCUUCCUAAGCCAUGCCAACACAUGAAGCCUCUUCCACAACGCAGGGCUGUCUCUGUCCACGAGGACGCUCUGGCCAUGACACAAGAGCUGAAGGCAGUGUUACAGAGGUCGCCCAUCCGUUUCCGGGGCAACAGAGGGGACCUGCCCACCUGUACUGAAGAUCCAUCUAGUGGGGAGGAAGCACAAAGAGCGCAGGAGGCCAGUGACACAGGGAAACAGACAGCUGAAGAAAAGAUAGAGGCUGCCCAGAACAAGGAGCUGAAGGCUGAGAGAGAAAGGACGGGUUGUGGAGGGAAAGUAGCUGAAACCAAGCACCCCCCUUCAGGAGAGGAGGAAGCCCCAUGCUCAGGGUGUCCCUCUACAGCUCAGGCUCAAAAAGAAGCAUCAGCACCCCGACUCUUCAGUCCAGCUGCAGCCCUUGACAAAGCUCCAUCUACCCUGGAGAGGCCUCCAGCUGUAACCCAAACCAUGGAAAAGCCUCCUUUAACCCCUAAAUCCCUGACAAAGACCCCAAGCACAAUCCCAGCUGUAUCUGAAUCCCCAGAAAACCCCCAAGUGAGAUCCCUGUCCCACAAGGAGAAGGGCCCCAGCAUAGUACCAGUCACAGUGGAUCUGAGCACACAGGAGAGAGGAGAGGCGGGCUCUAAACAGCACACAAUGAAGGCAGAACCAGCAGACCAAAGAACUGAGCCCCCUCUGUCUGAAUAACAAACACAGACUGAUUUAGCUGAGGCACACCUGGGAGAGAGAGGAGGGAAGGGUCUGUGACAUCACUGAGAUCAGGAACUGUGAGGGUAUACAAGGUCUGAGAGUGUUGUACCCUCUUGUAGAAAAUAGCUGCUUUUUCCCAGGUCGCGGGUGUUCUCUUUGAAAGUCUGAGAACUAAAUGUUAUUUAGUACACAUGGUCGGUGCAUAUUUUUAUUGCUAGCCUACAGCUAACGUCUGUGCAGUUGGUAUAUUGGUUGUUUAGGCUGAAAAAACACAAACUGCACAAAUGGUCCAGUGGUCAAAUUUAUGCGAAUAACGUGUCCAGAACAAUAUAAGUUUUGGAAGCAACAUUCUGAAAAUAAACUUGAUUUUUUUUUUUUUUACUUUGCGUUGAUUAGGAGUGCCCAAUCAUACCAUCUGUUUUGUUUGUGUGAGGCUUGCAUUAUUUGUACGAAUUUGACCUCUGGUUUGUUUUUGUAGUCCAUGUUUAUUUACCCUAAUGUACAGAUAUUAGGUGUAACUAGCUUGGCAACAUACUUACCGGCAAUGUGUCUGCGGAGUGUGUCUGUGUGUGUUGACAGCUCAUCCUCUGACUGAUGUCAAAAAUCACCCGAAACAUCAUUCUGUUAUUUUGCUCCAGACUCACUUUUUUCUCAUCUCCGUAAAUUGAUGAACUGGAGUCAUAAAGCUGCAGGAUAAGCAGUCAUUUUUUGCUCAAGUUGAAACAUGUUUAACUCAUUUAAUUCUCUGCCUCAAUUCGCACCACCCAGGGCGAAUCUGCAUCCAUUUGCAUAUUUGCAUUGAGUAAUAUGCAACCAUGCCACCUCUAAAGUUUACUUUGCAUUCAUUUUGACCCUACCUUUAAGACUCAGUGUCAGUUGAGUCCUUCCAAGGAAGCUGAGUCUGAAAUGGGACACAGCAAGCAUCAGCUAAAUUAGUAAAUUGACAAGAGACAUAUGGGUUUUUAACUGCCUGUGGGAAGAUUGAACAUGUAAGAGUCUGUCCAUUCUUGAUUAAAAGCUGUGUUUUCACUGUCUACUUUUCUCGUUUUAGAGCACGCCAUGUGAAAUUAAUUCUCCAACUCGUCUCGUCUCUACUCUCCCUGUGUGUGUACCUCACUCACUGACUUGACUUGCAAUGGUUAUGCACAGAUUUGAUUGGCUGAGUAGCAUCGCAUGAGAUGAUUUACAAUGCAUGCAAUUUGUCUGUGAGCUUCCUGGGCCACCAAACCAGUGCCGUAAAGGCUAGAACAGCUGUGCCAGUUAAAAUAGAAACACUCCGUCAAAAUUUAAUCAUUCUCAAGAAUUUAUCGAUAUUCUCUACAGAAGAGAACGUGCGACAGCAGCAUGACAGAGGCCGGGUCAGAAAAGCAAAAGUGCCCUUGAAUGCUCUAUAACUUUCUUUUUUUUUUGCAUGUUCUCACUUGUUGUUUUUUCAAAUAAAACAAAUCUUUGUGCCGCAAAUUGAGUGUUUAUUUGACAAUAUAACGUAAUAAUAAUACAUUAUUAUAGAGUAGUAAAUGCCCCCUAAAAAUCAGUUCAAGGGGUAAAAAAGCCCUCCUCACCCUCCACCCGGGGGGAAGGGGGUGCACCAAUUGGGCCAUCACCAUUGCCCCUGUUAAAAAUUAACAAAUCGCCUACUGGCCAGGAGACACUGGUAAGUAGAUCUUCUGUAUCUUUUCAUUUUGCCUUCUUGAUUUUUUUUUCAGUUCCAGAAGAUGACAAGGUUUCAGGAAAAAGGCCACUUGAACUACAUUGACAUAUUUCAUUGUGACUUAGAUUUAAGUGAUUAAUCUACAUUAAGCUCAUUUGCUCCAAUUCAAUUUUAAAUUGGGGAUUUUUGGUCAAUGUUUAAAUCCUAAUAACUCAUUUUGAUUGCAUGAUGUGUUAAAUCCCGCUUUUAAUCCCCUCUUAAUCCUCUAUUUAUAUUUUUGUUGUUAGCCUGAUUCAGAUUGAAGUGCCAUUUUGUUACUCAGUCUGACACUGGCCUCUGUUAGCUGUUUAGGAGGGAGGUUUUUUGCCCCAAACCAAUCACUGUGACAGUGGUCCUGCAGUUUAUGUCAGUCUCACAGUUGACUGUGAAACUGAAAUGUAAGACACUUGCUUUGCCUAACAGGGGAAACAUCAAAUCAGGAGAAAAGCACCAGACCUUUGAAUCACUAAGUAGAAUUUCAAAUGUGGGUGGCAACUUGGAGGUUUGGAACCAGGCUAAGAUUGAGCUACAUAAAGCAUAAGGUUUUGCCUUAAUUUGAUGUUUAUAUAUUUUUUAACGAGACCUCCCUACAAAUUCCAUUCAUACUACAGAGAGGUGAGAUGGCUCCCAACAUCUUGAAAAAACACUUAAUUAACCAAAAUAGCCUCAUUUUCUGGUUAUUUUCACAUUAUACAUUGACAAUGAUGGCAAAUCCAUUUCCUCUACACUAUUUCUAAUAAGUCCAAUCAUGCCAUCAAUGUGCAAAUCUUUUUUUUGAGAGAGUGUUUUUUUUGCCUUGUUAAGAUGUUUUCACGUUAACAUGAACAAACACAUGGGACACUAAAGCUCUACAUGUUUCUGCAUAUUUCUGUGGAAUCACAUCAGUAUAUGACAUUCAAAUCAAUUCAGGUUCAGUCAUUCCAUUAGACAACCAUGUAUGUAAUCACCAUGUCCAUCAUAUAACAGGAGGAACAGAUAAGAUCCUAAUAAAAGACCAAUAUAUGAUCAGAUAUUGUGUGAGAUAACAACACGAGUGUAUUGUCUCAAACUCUCAGGGUGGUUGUGGAGAAUAGUGUGUGUUUUUGUAAGUUCAGCUCCCUAUGUUGUCAGUGACCUGAGCCUCCAUCUCAUCCUGGGGGAGAAUUUAUUUUCUACUGUCAUAUCUUUAUGCCUUGCACGCACAGAAUAUGUACAAAAUGACAUAAAGCAAACAAAAACAAAGUUAUAAACAGAGUGUAAAUCCAUAGCUAUACUUGUUAAUAAUUAUUAAAAUUAUGAAUUGUGUCAUGA